AUGAAGAAAGUUAAUCUUGCAGCAGUCAAGUUUUUGCACAAGAUUGACUGUGGUGAGUUCCAGGAUCCCAAGGUCUACUGCACUCGGGAAUCUAACCCCCACUGUGGCUCUGACGGCCAGACGUACGGCAAUAAAUGUGCCUUUUGUAAGGCGAUGGUGAAAAGUGGUGGGAAAAUCAACCUAAAGCAUCAAGGAAAAUGCUGA